AAAGUAUUUUUAAACUAAACCCAAAUUCUCAAUUCCUCAACACUCUCUCUUCCUCCUUUUUCCUGCAAAUUGAGAGGUUUAACACGGCGGCACCGCCAAUAAUGGCGGAAGAAGAAGGGAAAAAAUCAAACAAAGAAGGCAAUAACCUACUGGGCUCUCCUACUUUUACCCACUUACAAACCGGAAGAUUCAAAUGCGUAGAGACCGGCCACGAAAUGCUAGACAAAGACAAAGAAUCAUAUUCACAGAGCAAACGCUGCCGUAUUGGUCUCAUAGACUACGCUUUAGCCAACAAUAAAACUCCUCUCAAUAUGUUCAAACAAGACCCCGCUAUUAGUUCGAAAUUGAUAUGUAAGCUGACUGGUGAUACGGUUAAUAAGUCUGAGGAACAUAUUUGGAAGCAUAUUAAUGGAAAAAGAUUCCUUAAUAAAUUAGAGCAAAAGGAAUUGGGGAUUGUUGAGGAGAAGAAACCAGAAAAUUCAAAGCAUGGCGUAGACGGUGGGAAGAAGAAGAAGAAGGAGAUGAAUAAAAAGAAAGAUAAGAAGGAAAAGCCGGUUGAAGAAAUUGUUUCUGAAAUGAGGGAUUCUUCUGAUAAGGAUAGUGAAGUUGAAGACAUCGAGUUCUGGAUGCCGCCGGACGGAGAACGUUGGGACUUUGAUGAUGGAGGAGAUCGGUGGGGUUCUGAUGAGGAGUUAGAGUUAGAGGAGGAAACCGAGGAGGCAAACCGAUCAGAGAACCCCCAUGGGCACGGAUAUGGAGAAACGAGACACUUGGUCAAGGACACAAUGAAACAACGUUAUUAUGAGGUUUCCUAUGUUAUAAAUGAAGUUCCAUGUCAGAAAUGUCAAGUUUCUGACACAUUGCGAAAUGGAAAACAUUGGUGUUUGUGCUGCUUAGCUAAUUGCAAAUCAACAAUCAUGACUGUGAUCGGGUUUGAUAGAAGUAAAUGUCACAAUUCGAUUUCAGUAUAGGAAUCUAUAAGAAUAAUAAAUCGAUUCACUUUUUGUCAACUUUCUUUUUGCUAGAGAAACUCGUCAUAGUUUAAUGCAAUCGAAUCCUACUCCUAAUGUUGUUAAUUUAUCCUUUUAUUUUUGCUCAUGUUCUUCUUGAAUGAAAGACUACUUGAAUACUUGUUAUGUGGCACAACUCUUUCUGGAUGUUAUCUUUCUAUUACGGAGUCUUUUAGAGAUUAUUUUUUUAGUUAAGUAGCACGGCACGGAUAUGGGGAACUUGACACUUCGACGCAGACAUGGUUAUUUUGACGUUUCCUAUGUUAAUUUAAAGUUUCAUGAAAUGCCUGAAAUGGGAUAUGAUACUUAGUAAUCACACUAUCAUUGAGCGCAUACAAUUUGAUUUAGUGAACCUUAAUAUAGAGAGAUGCCAUGAGGACAUGCCUUAGGUUUUCUGCAUCUUGAAUAGCUUCUCUCGUGUUUUUUCCUCUCCAUAGUUAUGAAUUUUAGUCUAUUUUAUCUUAGCUUUAUUUUCCAUUUUUGACAAAAAAGAAUAUUUUGUGCUCCUGCUCCUGUUAAGCUGAUGAUAUUUUUUGUCAUCAGAUGAUGCAGUUGAAGAAAAUGGCGAGUCAGAAGAGCUAUCUAAGCGG